AUGAUGUUGACCGGCAUUCCCAACACUCCAACGGUGUUUGUACAGGCCCUCGGCCUCCCUCAGCCAUCAGUAUUCAGCAAGCGGCGGGCCAACUCCUGCAAGCCCUGCCGUGACAGCAAAUCCAGAUGCUCCGGAGGCAUGCCCUGUACAACCUGUCAGAAGAAGCGUGACAAGCCCGAAUGCUUCUACCUUACUUCGUUUCCCAGGAACCAACCCAAGCAAGUACAUGACACGGAGCACAGCCACGGAGAGGCGUUCGGCGCCUGCCGUGGCGCCAAACAAGGGUCCGAUAAAAUGGGUGCCGUCGAAGGAGGCCGCGGGUUUGCAACUCCGCAGCAGAACUUUUGUGGAACUCUGUCACUAUCAAGGAGUAUCGACGAGUUCAAGUCCCUUCUUCCAACCAAUGGACGAUUUCGGGAGAUCCUGGACUCGAUCCAACCUAUGCAAGUCUUCAACCUGGAAAAUCAUGCCACCGAAGAUGAAACGACGAUGGACUAUGCCCACACGGGAGAACUAGGCGACGACUCCGAAGUCGAAUUUCCGCCUCGUCUUCAGCCACUCUAUAUGAAAUACAGGACUGUACGGGAGCUACUUGUUGCCGGACGGGCGAUGCAGGCCUGGGCCGCCUUCCCGAGCCUUGUCCGUGAUGCCGAAAUCCUUGGCUUGGACGUAGAAGGAAGCCUCACCCCCGUGGAAGCUGAAACAGAUUCACAACCUGGCCGUCACCUGUGCUGGCUCCUUGUGGAGCUCGAUGUCCAGAUCAGCUUUCUCUUGGGUCGUUGUCCCUUUAUUGCCCCUUUCCAUGGCAUUCCCAAGCCAUCUCCAACCAGCCCUCGGCAAGAAGAACAGGACCUACAGCAGAACAUCUAUGAAUUCUCACAGUACAUGAUUGAAGUGUUGGAUCGCUUCAACCGUGGCAGGAAUGAUCCGUCCAAGUUGUCUUCCCACGAGCGGGAGACCAUGUUAGAAGCAGACCUAACUCAACUAUAUCAAUUGCAGUCGAAGCUGCCACCCAUACCUCAAAACAGCUCAUCCGAAACAUCAUUAUCCAUUCCCAUUAUUCAACACCACAUCGACGUCCAGUUGAUGCUGAUGGUACUGCAUUGUCAGAUGCUGCGGUCGAUGCGCAAUCAACACACCUCGGCCAAAAGAGCCAAGUACAGGGAGCUGUUGAAAUGUUCUCGCUUGAUCACUGAAAUGUUCGACUCCAUCCAUAGCCUCGAGUCGACCCAGACCGCCUCGUCUUGGCCGCGGUGCUUUGGAGUCUUUUGCGCUGCCGUUAUGUUAGGCAUCGCGACCAUACGCCAGGAGGUGGGUGUGAGCAUAGGUUCGAAGCGUGUCGAGCGAACCUUGGGGAUCUUCAAGGAUCUGGCCAAAGCUGGCCAGGCCUCUGGAGUGGCGGAACUCGCCAUGAAGUCCCUGGAUCUGGUUGUCGACCGAAUCAGAGAACUCGAACACCCUCCCACGAGCUCCACAGGUCUCACUGCUCCAGCGACGGUGACCUGCCCAACCACCCCUACUGGAGAGGUCACCCCUCCAGCCCCCCCUCUGACUGACCUAUCGUCCAAGGUGAAGAGGAAUGUUGCUGGCCUUAAGCGUCGUCGGAGACCAAGCUUCGAGGGGAAGUUCGGUGCCAACAAGCGACAAAUGUUCGAGUUCAAGGACAUCGCUCCAAGCAACUUGGAACAACGACGGGCAAGUUGGCAUCCCGGCACAGAACACCACUAUGCCCAAGCCAUGGCGGCUUUCCAUGAUCCGUCUGCCGGCAAUGGCCUGAAUCGACUUGACCUGCAGAGCUUCCAGCAGGACAAAUGCCACCCGACACCUGUUUCUGCCUCAUUUACAGCAGGUGAUCAAAGAGCAAUGUCCAACGUCGGAUAUGGGUCGACUUCUAUGGAGCAUUUCCACGAAUUCCAGGCGGCUCAUCACUGGGUGCACCCUCCCAUGAUGUACCAUCCGCCGAUGUACGAUGACUGGUGGCAAGCUCAAUUUACCCCUUAUGAUACGAUGACCCCGGACCAUAGCCGACCGGUGUUCUUCGAGUCUCCAUUGGGCCUGCAGAUGGAUCAGAGCCGUCACCUUGAGGCCAGCUCGCGUGGCAGUGACCAUGCUGGCUUUGCUCACCUGAAACCGGACGCAGGGGUCCAUCACGACCCCACCAUGGUGAUGAAUACCUCGAUGGUGCACUCGCUAUGCACAACUCAGGCUGUGUAA